AUGUCCUCUCUUCAUUCUCCGGCUUCCUUGGUCGAUCGUACCAUCAGCCCCAGUCAUCCUAUACCUACUCCGAGUCCUAGUAUUUCACUACCUGGCCAGGAACCUCCGCCUCCUCCUCCGCCAACUAAUGACGGCUUUGUAGAAGGCGAUGUCUCACUGUGUUCAUCCGAUGGAGUCGAAUUCAAGGCCUACAAACUUAUUCUUCGCCUUACAUCACCUAUCUUCAGUGACACGUUCUCUGUCGCCUCGGUUGAAGAUGCUGUGACCCUAAACGACGAUGCCCAAUCUAUUGCCAUGAUGCUUCAGUUUGCAUAUCCGGAUCGAGACCUAAUCGUGCCCUCGUUUGAUCAUCUCGAGAAAGCAUUAGGUAUCGCACGAAAAUAUCACAUCGACCGCAUGACCGAAGCACUUCGUCUACGCCUACGUUCUUCGAACGACGUCACUGGAGACCUUUCACCCAUAUCUAUGAGCGUUGACCCAAUCAGAGCAUUCGCCAUUGCUCGCCAGUUCGGACUAGUCGAAGAGGCCAAAGCUGCUUCAACCAUGACGAUCGGUGAAUUCCGAAUUAUGGACAUGUCCGACACCGACUUGCAUUCGUUGGCGAUUGACCUAGAGAGUAUGUUUAUCUUGUAUCGGAUGCAUGCCCGCAGAGAAGCCAUUAUCACCGAGACAUUGCUCGCGACAAAUUUUGUGGAUCACCCGGCGAGCGCGUUUUCGGACCAUCAGGCUUGGUUAUUGCCUAGCGAGUGUCCAGAGUGUGCGCCCCGCUCGAUUGACAUUCCCGAAAAAGCGUUGCCAUUCUGGACUGUACAGUGGACGAGACACAUGCGAGAUAUGCUGAUGCGAAAGCCUCUGAAAGAUUGCUCGGAGGCUUUCUCCAUUGGCUAUAUUAUGGACACAUUCCUCAAACGAGGACCUUGCCCGGGUUGUCAACGCUCUAUUUGGUGCACCGAGAACGAGCAAUGGCUUGAGGCUGUUCGAUCAAAACUCGAAGACCAACUGGUCGACGUGGCUUCGGUGCGGAUUGUAUUGUGA